AUGAUUUCUAUCUCUCAGGUUUUAUUAUUUUUUAGACUAGGGUUAUAUUUAUAAAAACUAUUGAUAUAAAAACUAUAAAUUAUUAGCAAAUUCUGUAAAAUUAUUAUUUAAUGUUGGAGCUGGUUGUAUUCCAAAACCAUCAAGUGGUUCAAAAUCAAAACACCCAAAUAAUGUACUGUAACUUUUACAAAUUCAUCUGGGAACCUUCACCUUGGAUUGGAGCUUGUGUUGAUAGAACUUGCAGUAAUGCACUAACAAAUACAGAUUACAAUACAUUUACAAAAUGUAAUAAUUUCUUAUAUACUUGUACUGUUGUUACUACAAGUGAAGAUGUAUGACUAUAUUAACUAGUUGCAAUUCAUACACAUCUUAGAGAUAAUGCAAAUUGUGAAUAGAUUUUUAAUGGAAAUAAAUUUUCAUGAUGUUUAACUUCUUGUUUAGACAGAUAAUGUAUAUAUUCACCAGAAACAUCAAGUUAUGAUAAUAUAAAUGAAUGUCCUAAUUAUGAAAAUAGGUAUUAUUAGUUUUACUCUAACAAAUUGUGCUAAUUGGUUAUCUGCUUGAAUGUGAAUAAUGUAUUACAUAAUAUUCAAUAUGUAAUUAUAUUAGUGCUUACUGGCUGAAUUACAUUAUAAUUAUCAUGUUCUUGGUAUUAUUAUUCAGCAAAUUGUGCAUAUACAUCUUCAAAUUUAUAAUGCUAUUGGAAUGGAUCUAAUUGUAUAAAUAUGACUUGUACAACAACUCAAGGAAUUACAGAUUUCGAUCACUCCUCUUGUUAUGCAUGGAUGAUUUCAUGUACAGUAAAUAGACAAACUAUUUGUGA